AUGGCACCUCCAGCAGCUGACGUUGAUCUCUUCACGCACACGAGUUCUGGGCCCAUCCCAGUCACCAAAGUCAACGCCCAAAGCAAGCUCAAGGAGCCGCUCAAGUACUCGGGCUCGUUGGACCAAUACAAAUCGUUCGAUGUCACAAAGGUCAUUGGCAGGGAGUUCCCAGACUUGCAACUCAGCCAGAUCUUGAACGACGACACAAAGAUCCGUGACUUGGCCAUCCUAGUGUCUCAACGUGGUGUCGUCUUCUUCCGCAACCAGGACCUCAACAUCGACGAUCAGAAGGUCUUGGGCCAGAAACUCGGAGAGCUGACGGGAAAGCCGGAGACAUCCAAGCUCCAUCGUCAUGCUCUGAGCAACAGCAAGCGUGGCAUCGCCGUGGACGAGAAUGGCAAACUGGACGACGAAGUCUCGGUCAUUUCUUCCGAGCAAAACCGCAAGUUUUACAAGGACCGCUUCACCGCCAAGUCCAAGGUGCUCGCCAGCGAAGGAUGGCAUGCCGACAUCACCUUUGAGCGCAUUCCAUCGGACUACGCCAUCCUCAAGAUCAUCAAGAAGCCCGAAGACGCCGGCGGCGACACGCUGUGGGCGUCGGGCUAUGAGGCGUACGACCGCUUGUCGCCCGAGUUCCAGAAGCUGGCCGAAGGGUUGACGGCGACGCACCACCAGCCCAACUUUGUCAAGGUGGCAAAGGAGUUUGGCGAGGACCUGAUUGAGCAGGACCGUGGCGCGCCCGAGAACACGGGUCUCGACUUUACCGCGUCCCACCCCGUGGUGCGCACCAACCCCGUGACAGGAUGGAAGAGCCUAUUCGGUGCGGGCCACCAGAUCGAGCAUGGGUGGAUCGACAAGGUGACGCCGCGCGAGAGCGAGAUCCUCAAGGCCUACUUCCUGCAGCUCAUCACCGACAACCACGACCUGCAGGUGCGCUUCCGCUGGAACGAGAACGACCUGGCCGUCUGGGACAACCGCUCCGUCUUCCACACCGCCACAAACGACUACGAGGGCAAGCGCCAGGGCAAUCGCGUCGUCUCCCUCGGCGAGCGGCCCUACUUUGACCCCAACUCGGUCUCGCGCCGACAGGCUCUGGGGAUUUAG